AUGUCUUGCUUAUCUCGCGUCUCCUCAGCCAAGGCUGGAGGCUGCAACUUAGUCAGGGUGUCUGCUGGUGGAAGCAGCUUCAGUGGUGGAAGCAGAUGUGGCCCGGGGGCCAGCUCUGUCCAAGGCUUCCGAAGAGGAACUGGCAGCUGUGGGGGCUCGAGCUGUGGCUUUGGAGGCAGCUUUGGAGGGGGCUUUGGUAGCUGCUCAGUAGGGGGUAGUUCUGGAGGAGUCUCAGGCACUGGGGCUGGCUAUGGUGGGGGCUCUGGACUCUGUGGGGGUCCUGGAUUCAGUGGGGGCUCUGGCUUUGGUGUGGGCUCUGGCUUUGGCAGUGGUGCUACUGGAGGUUUCUGCCUCUAUGGCAGCGGUAUGGGAGGUGGUGUUGGCGAUGGGGGGCUUUUCUCUGGAAGUGAAAAGCAAACCAUGCAGAACCUCAAUGACCGCCUGGCCAGUUACCUAGACAAGGUCAGGGCCCUGGAGGAGGCCAACACUGACCUGGAGCUCAAAAUCAAGGAAUGGUAUGAGAAAUUUGGGCCUGGAGCUGGAGAUGUUGGAUCUGGAAGAGAUUAUAGCAAAUAUUACCCAAUAAUUGAAGAUCUCAGGAACCAGAUCAUUGCAGCCACUAUAAAUAACGCCAACAUAACAACACAAAUUGACAACACUAGACUUGCAGCAGAUGACUUCAAAAUGAAGUACGAGAAUGAACUCUGUCUACGCCAGUCAGUUGAAGCAGAUACAAAUGGCCUGCAAAAAGUGCUUGAUGAGCUGAAUGUGACCACAUCGGACCUUAAGAUACAGUCUGAGAGCCUAACAGAAGAACUGGCCUAUCUCAAGAAGAACCAUGAAGAGGAAAUGAGCGCUCUGAAGAGACAGUCCAGUGGGGAUGUGAAUGUCGAAAUGAAUGCGGCCCCAGGGCCAGAUCUAACCAAGCUGCUGAACAGCAUGAGGCAGCAGUACGAGGAGCUGGCUGAGCAAAACCGCAGGGAGGCCGAGGAGCAGUUCAACAAGCAGAGUGCAUCCCUGCAGAAGCAGAUCUCCACGGAUGCUGGAGAGGCAAGCUCGGCCAGGAGCCAGAUCGCAGAGCUGAGACGGGUGUUCCAGUCCCUCCACAUUGAACUGCAGUCUGCCAUGGCCAUGCAAUGCUCCCUGGAAGGGACCCUGGCUGACACAGAGGCGGGCUACAUGGCUCAGCUGUCGGAAAUCCAGGUGAAGAUCAGCUGCCUGGAGGAGCAGAUCUGUCAGAUAAGGGGCGAGACCGAAUGCCAGAACGCCGAAUACGAGCAAUUGCUGGACAUCAAGACACGCCUGGAGAUGGAGAUCGAGACCUACCGCCACCUGCUUGAUGGAGGCAGUUCUGGGAACAAAGGAACUGGAUCUAGAGGAUCAUUCUCUGUGGACUCAAGAGGAGAAACCAGCACAACUCAUUCACGAGAUUCAAAUAAAAGCAGAGGCACCAGGACAGUGACAGAUAAUGGCCAACUGAUUUCAUCUCAAGUUAACAACGGUUCUGAUGUAAAAUUCAAAUAA